UGCUGUUAUCAGCUUUCAUUAUAGCAACCAGAAACCUGGAAGGGAAAGGCUGGAGAAACAAAGUAGCAUCUUGACAUUAGCAGAUAUGUGGGGCCAGGAACCCCCAUCACCAGCGCAAGGCUGUAAACGUUUAAUUUCUAUGACACCUGAAGGCCAGGAAUGCUAUGUAUGUUUUGAUAAGAAGAGGAGGUCCCCGUAUAGGAUGAGCAGGAUAUUAGCAAGACAACAGCUCCUGUUAAAAAUCCAGCAAGAACUUGAAGCAAAAGAAGCUUGUGACUGGUUAAGAGCCGCCGGAUUUCCUCAAUAUGCUCAACUCUAUGAAGAUUCUCAGUUUCCAAUUGAUAUUGCAUCUGUGAAGAGAGAUCAUGAUUUUCUUGACCGAGAUCAUGUAGAACCACUUUGCAGACGGCUGAACACACUGAACAAGUGUGCCUCAAUGAAACUCGAUGUCAACUUCCAAAGGAAGAAGAGUGAAGAUUCCGAUGAAGAAGACCUUUGUGCUAUCAGUGACAAAUGGACCUUCCAAAGACUUAGUCGUCGAUGGUCUCGGGUGGAGGACAUUGAUUCACUCUUUAGACCUUCUAAAGGACUUGGAUCGACUGGGGACAUGAAAAAUACUACAAGUAGUGAAAGUGUUCUGACUGAUCUCAGUGAACCUGAAAUAUGUUCCAUCCACAGUGGAAGUAGUGGUGGCAGUGACUGUAGAUGCUCAUAUGUAGGGAAUAGUGCUUCCAGGGAAACCUUUGACUGUUCUGAAAAUAUGUGCAUGCCUGACUCUAAUUCAGUGCCCCCUUACUGGCCAAAAGAUGUUGCAGAUGUUAAACAUGAGAAACCUUCACAUACUAAAAUAAAAACAGUUUUGAAAUGCAUGGAAACGCUCCGACCUAAAGGAACACUCCUGAAAUCAAAAAGUUCACAAAAAACUGGAGGAUUAAUCAUAAGCGACCCUGUCUUGCAACUGGAGCAUGCAUCCCUUAAUACUAUGAACUGUGCUCAUGUAGGAAGUGGUCAAAUGAGGGACUCACUUGUGGACUUACAAGCAACUGGAAGCUUAGGAUCAAGAUCAGAAAUAAGAACAGGGGCUGAGAGCGGGCCUGAAUCCAACAAACGUGGCGGCAUGUAUCUGGGAGACAUCGACCUGUUUGCACCUGUAGGGUCCCGAGUAAAAGCAGGUCAGAUUCACAAAAAUGAAUUUCAUUCGCAAGAAGACUUGGUUGUACAUAUUCCAAAGGACUACAAACCUGGAACCUUUCCCAAAGCACUUUCAAUUGAAAGCCUUUCCCCUACGGAAAAUUGUGGUAGCGGAAACUGGCAGGCUGGGAGCAUCUCUCAGACCAGGCAAGCUGAUCUUCAUACAAAAGAACCCAAUAUGGUGUCUUCUAGGUGCCCAAGGAGCAGUAGGAUUAGCGUUUAUGACAAUGUUCCGGGUUCUCACUUGUACGCCAGCACCGGAGAUCUAAUGGACUUAGAAAAGGAUGAUCUUUUUCCUCAUUUAGAUGAUGUAUUACAACACAUUAAUGGACUUCAGCAGUCUGUUGACCACUGGUCUAGGGAUGUAAUGCCAGAACUACAAGAUGAUGACUUAUCAGUAGGUGAAUCGGGAACAUCAGUGUUUCUAUCACCUAAUACAUUGACAUUAGAAUUUGAAGGGAACUCUAUUUCCGAUGGAAGGACUACCCCAAGUGAUCUGGAGAGAGAUGCCGCAUCACUCAAUGAAUCCGAAACCAAUGGCUCAAGAGAGAGAAGAGAUUCUGGAGUUGGAGCAUCGCUUACUAGAACAAAUGGGCGUUUACGGCGGCCGAGCUUUCAAAUCUCCGAUCAGCUGAAUGGAACUUCAGCCUCGCUACAGAUCAGCCACCAGACUGCUGGGCAACUCAACUUACUGCAGAAAUUUUCACUGCUCCAUUUGACAGUGAUAAUGGAAAAAUAUUCCAUGUCAAACAAGCAUGGGUGGACAUGGUCUGUGCCGAAAUUUAUGAAGCGGAUGAAGGGACCUGAUUACAAGGAUAAAAAUGUAUUUGGUGUGCCUCUAAUGGUUCACGUACAGAGAACCGGACAGCCCCUUCCGCAGUGCAUCCAACAAGCAUUAAAGUUUCUACGCAGCAAUUGCUUAGAUCAGGUCGGAUUGUUUAGAAAGUCUGGCGUUAAGUCUCGAAUACAGGCUCUGCGCCAGAUGAACGAGACCUACCCAGAAAACGUAAACUACGAGGAACACUGCGCGUACGACGUGGCAGAUAUGGUGAAACAGUUUUUCAGGGAUCUUCCAGAGCCUCUUCUUACAAGUAAACUAGGAGAGACCUUCCUCCACAUAUAUCAAUAUGUCCCCAAGGACCAGCGUCUCCAAGCUCUGCAGUCAGCCAUCAUGUUGAUGUCAGAUGAGAACAGAGAAGUUCUGCAGACUCUAUUGUGCUUCCUCAGGGACGUGACCUCGGUAGAGGAAAAUCAGAUGACCCCGAUGAAUCUGGCAGUAUGUUUGGCGCCAUCUCUCUUCCACCUUAAUUUAUUGAAGAAAGACAACUCUCCAAGAGCGAUACAGAAGAAAUAUAACACAGGGAAACCAGAUCAAAAGGACCUGAAUGAAAAUCUAGCAGCAACCCAGGGGCUGGCACACAUGAUAAUGGAGUGCAACAAACUGUUUGAGGUUCCACAUGAGAUUAUAUCCCAGUCAAGAAAUUCAUACGCCGAAGCUGAUGUCCACAUCAUGACGAUGGAGAAGAUUGGAGAGCAGAUGGAGAAAGAUGGGGGAAAUUUCAGCACAUACUUUGAGAAUAUAAUCCAAGGACUUCUGAAAGAGGCCAAAGAUAAAUUUAAGGGCUGGGUGUCUUUAUCCAGCACAGAAAACACUGACCUUGCUUACAAAAAGGUUGGAGAUGGAAAUCCUCUACGAUUCUGGAAGGUGGCCGUGGAGGUUGAGGCUCCACCAUCAAUUGUGCUUAAUCGUAUUCUGAGGGAGCAACACCUUUGGGAUGAUGAUUAUCUGCAGUCGAAAGUGAUAGAGACAAUUGAUAGUCAAACAGAAGUUUAUCAGUAUGUGCAGAACAGCAUGGCUCCUCAUCCCUCAAGAGACUUUGUGGUUUUAAGGAGCUGGAGAAUGGAUUUGCCCAAAGGCAUGUGCACCUUGGUAGCUUCAUCUGUAGAACAUGAAGAAGCCAAGUUGGUAGGAGGGGUGAGAGCAGCCAUCCUAGAUGAACGUUAUCUUAUAGAACCCUGUGGAUCUGGAAAGUCUCGGAUGACACGCAUUUGUAGAGUUGAUCUAAAAGGGCAUUGCCCUGAGUGGUACAACAAAUGCUUUGGACAUCUCUUUGCAGCUGAAGCACUAAGGAUCCGAAAUUCAUUUCAUCCGAUUGUUGCUGGGGGGCCAGAAACCAAAAUAUAGCUCAAUACCAACGGUCUUUUACCUCUUCUCGGAGACAGCACUAUGACUUUACCAACCUCUCGGACAUUCCCUGGGAAUAUAUUAUUACUAAACCUUGUCCUUUGUUUUAAUUUAAUUUGUAAUGUAAAUAUUUAUUGUAAGUAUGUAUAGUAUAUUUUAAUAAGAUUAUAUGGCAAAACAGUGUAUGUAAAUGAUGACUAUAUCAUGAAUAUAUAAUUUAAUGCUUUCUAUGGAAGCCAUUUGUAUCAGUUUUUCUUUUUUUUACAUUGCUCAUGUGGUUUUCAUGUAGAAAUGCUUUAAAAUGUGACCACAAGUAUUAUAGCAGGGCAACUGCAAUCGGGCUGUCUCUUUAUAGCAAUAAUAUGGACUGCAUACAUUAGCUCUACUGAUGAUGCACUGUCUGAAGAUGGUACUUAGUAAUAUAUAUAUAGUUAAUGAUAAAUAUUUAUAAUUUGUUUGCCAAAAAUACAAAUGUAUGUUUAUUAAGGAACAAAUUAACAUUUGUUUCAUAUAUUGCAAUGGAGUAAAACAUAAUUGGAGUAUGUUUCCUAUAAAAUAAAUACAAUUCUCUAUAUGGGUCUUCAUCAUA